GUCGAUAUCAGUUUAAAGCUUAUAUUGUUCCUAAAGAUUACAUUUACAAAAAUUGUUUACUUUUUUCAAUCGAUUCGAAAAGUAUGAAUGCUGUAUUGUUCUCGCAAGAAUGGGUCAAGAAUCAUGACAUUCAGCAAAGUUUAUCAAGAUAAUUUAUCAAUGUUCUAGUUUUUUAAAUUAAAUUUUAGUAACUAAUUUAUUUACCAAAAAUAGUAACUCAAAAGAAAAUGUAAAAAGACGGCUAGCCAAAAAGACAAAAACUAUGGAAAAAGACAGUACUGAGUUAGUAAUGGUAGCUAUUCUACAUAGGCAUGGAGAUCGAGCACCAAUUAACAAAUAUCUAUAUCCAAACAGCCCAAGUAAAGGCAACGAUUUCUAUCCCGUUGGAGAAAGUAAUUUAACAAAUGUUGGAAAAAAGCAACUGUAUGAAGUUGGUAAAAAAUUACGGCAAAGAUAUGAUUCAUUACUGGGUCCUUAUUUUAUUGGAAACGAACUUAAAGUCCUUACAAGUACAUUGGAAAGAACGCAAACUAGUGCCUUAACAUUGUGUGCAGGAUUAUUUCCACCAUGUGAUAAACAAAUUUGGAAUAAAGAUUUAAUGUGGCAACCUAUACCGUACACGGAAAUUAAAGAAAGAAAUGAUUGUGUAAUUCGAAAUCCUGGGGGUGCGUUUCCAAUUUUUGUCAAGCUGUAUGAUGAAAUUUUAGAAUCAGACUUUAAUCAACAGUUAUUAAAACGUUACAGGAAAGAAUUGGAUUUUAUUAAAAAACAUGCAGGCUACGAAAACCCAACAAUACGAGAUGCAUAUUUUUUGUAUUUUUCACUAGAAGCUGAGAGAAAUAUGGGUUUGCCACUACCUGAUUGGGCAAAGGAUAUAUUUCCAGAGAAACUGGAAGAAAUAGCGGUGUUUGAAUACGAUUUGUCAACAUUAACAACACCAUUGAAACAAUAUGCGGCAGGUGGAUUAGCAAAAGUUGUAACAGAUCUAUUUACAGACAAAAUUAAUAACAAAACACAACUAAAAUGUUUAAUAAUAUCUGGUCAUGAAUGCACAAUUGGAUUUCAAUUAAGACUUUUAGGUAUUGAAGAUCGUCGCGUGCCUAAAUUUUCAUCACAUCUUAUAUGGGAAUUACAUAAAACAGAAAAUAACUAUGAAGUUAAGAUUUUUUAUCAAAAUUUUUAUGAAGAUGAUCCAGUACAAUGUUUAAAUAUGCCGUAUGAAGAUUUUUUAAGUAAAAUGAAACCAUAUAUUCCAACGUGGAAAAUUAUUAUUGACUAG